CACGUACGAGGUAAACAAGCAAAAUGGCGUUGAAGGCGUUGGUUAACAAGCGUAUUAUGAAUGAUGUCAUCAUUCCACUCAGAAAGCGGAAGUGCCAGAAUGUUUUGAUCUUGGAUCAGCUGAGUAUGAGAAUGAUAUCAGCAUGUGUUCGCAUGCAUGAUCUAGCUGAUGAAGGCAUUACUAUUGUGGAAGACAUCAAUAAGAAGAGAGAGCCUUUGAAGGGUUUAGAAGGUGUCUACAUCAUCCAGCCAAAUGAAAAGAAUGUGAUGCAGCUGAUUGCAGACUUCAAGGAUAUCAACUCUCUUCAGUACAAGUAUGCUCACAUCUUCUUUACAGAAACUUGUGAGGAUGCAUUGUUUGGGAGAUUAUGCAAGAGCCCUGCUCAACGGUUUAUCAAGACACUCAAGGAAAUCAACGUUGCAUUCCUACCGUAUGAAUCACAGGUGUUCUCUCUUGACUGUCCGGACAGCUUCAAUGUGUUUUACAACCCUUCUCGAUCACAAACACGACCAAUGUAUGUAGAACGCAUGGCUGAACAGAUAGCCACCCUGUGCUCAACACUCGGUGAAUACCCCGCCAUUCGCUAUAGAAGCGAGUUUGACCGUAACAUGGAGUUUGCCCACAUGAUCCAGAACAAGCUAGACGCCUACAAGGCCGAUGACCCCAGCAUGGGUGAAGGUCCUGAGAAGCGUCGAUCACAGCUCCUGGUCAUCGAUCGCGGCUUUGAUCCCGUCUCCCCUCUCCUUCACGAGCUCACCUACCAAGCUAUGGCGUAUGACCUGCUGCCCAUUGAAAAUGAUGUCUAUAGAUACGAGCAGCAGGGUGGUAGCGCUCCAGACUGUGAAGUUCUAAUGGAUGACAAAGAUGAGAUGUGGGUUGCCCUCCGUCAUCAGCACAUCGCUGUAGUAUCACAGACUGUGACUCAGCAGUUCAAGGAAUUCGCCCAAGGCAAGAAAAUGGGAUCCGGAGGGGAAAAGACAAGUGUUCGUGAUCUGACUCUGAUGAUCAAGAAGAUGCCGCAGUAUCAGAAAGAAUUAAGGAAGUACACUACCCAACUCAAGCUUGCAGAGGAGUGUAUGAAUCAAUACAAGAACAACGUUGACAAGCUCGUACGCGUUGAACAGGAUCUCGCUAUGGGUAUGGACUACGAUGGGGAGAAGGUCAAAGAUCACAUGCGCAACAUCGUCCCCAUCCUCCUUGAUGCCAAGAUCUCAGCGUAUGAUAAGCUUCGUGUGAUCCUUCUCUACAUUAUUAGUAAGAAUGAUGGCAAAGUGGGUAUCACCGAAGAGAAUCUCAAUAAGCUGAUUCAGCAUGCUGCCAUACCCGACACAGACAGACCUAUCGUCAAUAACAUGGCCCAGCUGGGCGUACAGAUCAUCCACAAUCAGCAGAGAAGCCGUAAGAGCAAGCCCAUGCAGCGUAAGGAGCGCAUCACAGAACAGACAUACAGGAUGUCACGAUGGACUCCAGUUAUUAAAGAUAUCAUGGAGGAUGCCAUUGCCAACAAGCUGAGUGACAGAGAUUAUCCUUUCUUGUCGGGCAGGAACAAUACCGGAAGCACUGGGAGCUCUGGACCCAAGAGUGCUCGCUAUGGCAACUGGCACAAGGAUCGCGGCCCCCUGGACUACAAGACCGGACCACGUCUUAUCAUCUUUGUGAUCGGAGGUGUAUCCUACUCUGAGAUGAGGUGUGCUUAUGAGGUCUCCAAGGACCCGCAGUUCAACAAGUGGGAGGUCUAUAUCGGUUCAACUCACAUCCUAACACCUGAGGGAUUCUUGAGUGAUCUGCGUGAUUUGAGCAGCAACUGAAUCACCCAACGAUCACCUCCAGCCAACGAUGGCCAACCCAACGCACAGAUUUCCAUCCCUCGAUCGUCAACAUCUCUGAGGAAAUAGGGAAAAAGUUUCUCCUUUGCUUUCGUUCCUUCUUUUGCCGAAAAAAAAGAUAUUGAUUCUGAAUAACCAUUCCAGUGUGAGUAGCAGACUUUUAGCUUGACGCAUUGUAGAUUUCCAGUAGAGUUCCAAUGGGUUUCAGUAAAUUACAACUGUAUUCUGUGUUUGAAUGGAAAUUGUGGAAACAGUGUACCAAGGAGUAUACAGUAGAUAAUGUAUAUAUAAUAUAUAACCUGCUUGUGAGCCAUGGUUUAUUUAUUCCUAGUACGUGCAAGUGUAAAUAUCCCAUUUUCUAUCUUUACUUGUCUCCUUGACCAGCAUAAUAUACUCUUUUCCCUGUGCUGUGUCCACACCCUGAUGUAUGGUAAUCUAGAUAGUUUAGCUUGAAAUUAUGAAACAUUUUCAGUGGGUCAUUGUACCGGGUCGCUGCCAUUUAUUGAUACGAGGCAUUCCAAAUUUCCUACCCGAGUGAAGAUUCUUCAGAUCUCGUAACUGCCGCAGGGUUAACUUAAUAUUUCCAUCUGUUCUUAGCUCAGUCUAUGGAUCUUGUUCAUGUUCAUAUGAAGGGGCAAGAUGUACGGAAAGCAGAUGAAAGCUCUUAUGAAGGGGAUUAUGAUGGUUCCUAGAUUGGUUAAAUUCAGAUGAUGGGGUUUUACUAUCUCACUCUCCCUCUCUCUCUCUCUUGCUCACUGUACUUGUCUCUUGCUCUCUCUCUCUCUUCACAUCCUGACUUUCAAUGAAUUACAAACUUGUUAAAAGAAAAAGAGUCAUGUAUUAUGACCUGAAAAUACAGGCACUUUGGCAUAUUCUAACAUAUUCUUGAGGAUAUCUUACUACUUUGUUGCUAUUUCCUUAAUAUUGCAAUAACUGUGAAUCUGUUGAACAAUUUCACUUUCCAACAUAGUAUAUUUUGGCUAACAGAAAAAAAAAAUAAACCACCUGUUGAUUUUUCCUUUGAAGAAAUAUACUCCAUGUACAGGUACAUAAAUGAAUAGCACAUAUCCCAAAUCAUCAUUGGUCCCUUGUGCAAUGUGUUGGAUUUUCGUCAAAGGGGUAAGAGAUCAUAAGUUUACAUUUAUGUAUAUAUUUGUAUUUGAGUCUUGAAAAGAAUCUCAUCCUGUUAUACAUGUAUGCGGACUGAACUGUUUUUAAUACGCUCACUAUUCUUUCUUGAUAAAAGCUGUGUAUUUAUGAUAUGGCACAAACAGUAAUAUUGUUUCUCUUACAGCAUUGAUCUUCAUAGGAAUCAAGUUAUCCCUAGUGUCAUGUUAAAAAAAAAUAUUUAAAAAAAUCAAACAACCAUGAUAAGCUGAGUAAAAGGUUAUCAAAAUUAGAUGCAAAAUCAGUUUUGAUGAGCAUUUUGAUGUUUUAAAUUUCAUUUCAUGAAAAUGUAAUUGGAUCCAUUACUAUUCUACAUAAUACAAUGCACCAUUUCCACUCCCUGGGGAGCAACCUGGCCAGGCAACCAUGGUUAUUUUUAUCUUUUAUCUUCAGUGGAUCAGGGCUCUUGCUAGGACCAGUUUAUGGCCGGUUAAAAUAUAAAAUAUUGAAAUGCUUGUAAAUUAUAGGAGUGCUUAAAUACACCCAGUCUAGUGAAUAACCAUAAAAAUUUUUGAAAGAAAGGGAACCCACUGAAUAU